AUGUCCACCGUGAAGUCGUCUUUCACCAACCAACGAACGGUAGGCGAGAUGGCGGAAGAAGGCUUACAACUACCGCCCCGAAUUGUCAAACCGCCACCACUGCCAUCGAUUCCGGAAGCGCAACAGGUUGCCGGUCCGCGUGACAAUCGUGAUCAGCUGCGCCACUGCUUCAUACCGGCGGACGAGAGCGGUUGUCUCGGGUUGCAUCUUAGCCGUACACCGUGGGAUCCGUACCCGUGGGUAAGUGGAGUCGUCGAGGGAUCGUGUGCGGAUGUGGCCGGCGUACGGAUCGGUGACUGUGUGCUGGAAGCGAACGGAGAGGAUCUGCUCGGGCUAAAAGUGAUCGACAUUGCCAAGCGUGUACGGGCACGAAAAAUCUCCCGCACGAAUCCGGCCGGCGUACGGCUGUUGCUGUGGAAUUCGGGCUUUGAGAAAAACAACCUUAAUCCACAGUCAUUGGCGCGGUUUGCCAACUGUCUGCAGGGCAUUGCCGGACUGCUCGAGUGUCCGAUCUGUUUGGAGAUCAUUCGACCGCCGUCGUGGCAAUGCCACCAUGGGCAUUUGAUCUGCUCAGGGUGUCGCUCGAGAACCACCAAGUGUCCGAUCUGUCGCGAAGUACUUGGCCGUGGUCGGUGCAUCGUGGCAGACAAGCUGUUCCACUAUCUGGUGCAGACGUUGGGUCGUGAAGCGAACCAGCAUCAGCAAACUGCACUGGACCCGAAAUCACAGGACACAACAGCUCCCCAGAAGCAGCAGCAGCCGCAGCAACACCAUCAUCGCCAGCCAAACAUCUCCGGUCGGCUUCCGCUGGAACGUCGCGAGCAUCAGCAGCGUCCAUCGCAACAGCACCGACCACAGCCGACGCCUCGGCUCACGCACAAACACGCAUUCAAAUUGAAAGCAAACAUCGUCCCUAAUGGCACGCCGGCAUCAUUACUAUCGUCCCAGGUGACGACACCGCCGGCCACCUUUCACUGCCCUUCCGGUCAGCCGUGCGCGCGGAUGAAAAAUCAACAUGACAUCCUGAUUCAUCUGCAGCAGGCGCACCAAACGAGCGUCGUGCAGUACUACUGCACGGCCGACGAUGCAGUGGACGUCACGCUGACCGAUGGCGGGAACUCGUUGGCCUGUGUGGUGCUACUAGCGAACGCAACUUUCAAGGGCAAUCACAUGUUCUUCGUGGCAAAGUUUCGCAGUACGGAGGAUCCGAACGAUACGCUCUGCUGGCUGUGGUACUUGGGCACGGAACAGGAGUGUGGACAGUUUCGGGGCCAGCUGUUUCCCAUCGUACCGGAUGAUCGGCAAUCGGUAAAGGUGAGAUACUGGCUGGGACGGCCGGUUCCGCUCGAAUGGAACAGCCAGGAUAUUGUUCGACGCAGACAGUAUACGCGUAUAAAGAAGGGAACGUGUCGGAUGCGUGUCUCCGUUCGGGUGUGCGAUGCCGGCGAUCCCACCGGGACGUAA